CGGCAGGCGCGCGGAGCGGACCCGGCGCCGAGCAGACCCCGCCGGCCCGAGGCGCAGGGCGAGACCCGGAGCGGCGAGACCCGGCGCGGAACGCGGACGACGGAGCGCCCCCCGCCCCGCGCGCGGAGGCCCGGGGUGGCCGAGGCGCGCCGGCGCGUUGGCAGGAUGCAGGCCAUGGACCCGACCUCGGGGAAUUUUGAUCAGGAGGACGGCAAGGACCUGGACUUCUACGACUUUGAGCCGCUGCCCACCGUGACCGAGGACGAGGAGAACGUGUCCCUGGCCGACAUCCUCUCCCUGCGGGACAGUGGCCUCAGCGAGCAGGAGGCCUGGGCCGUGUGCCUGGAGUGCAGCCUGUCCCUGAGGAGCAUCGCCCACGCGGCCAUCUUUCUGACGCUGUGCAUCACCCCCGACACCCUGGCCUUCAACACCAGCGGGAAUGUGUGCUUCAUGGAGCAGCUCAGCGAUGACCCUGAGGGUGCCUUUGUCCCUCCAGAGUUUGACGUGACCGGGAACACCUUUGAGGCUCACAUCUACUCCCUGGGGGCCACGCUGAAAGCUGCCCUCGAGUAUGUGGCUGAGCCAGAGCAGGAGCCCAGGCUGAGCAGAGACCUGGAGGCGCUGCUGGGCCAGAUGCAGGCAGAGGACCCUGGGGACCGUCCCGACCUCGAGAGCAUCAUCGCGCUGUGCGAAGAGAAGACACGGCUCACAUCCUGCCAUCUGUGCCGGAGCCUCUCAGCCGUCGGGAGGCGGGUGCUCUCCAUCGAGUCCUUCGGAGCGCUUCAGGAGGUCAGCGAGAACACAUGGAGGGGGAGCCUUGCUCCAAGAAGCGGGGGCCCCAAGAGGCAGCCGGGCGCCCACGCCAUUGGCCCAGAGUUCCCGCCCACCCUGGAGCACUCCCCAGCUCCAUCCACCAAGCCUCUUCUGUCAGCCCCCAUGGAAAACAGAGAGAGCACCCUGGACGCGCAGCGCCCCCCAGGCGACCCGGACAGAGGCUUCCUGGAGGGGGGCCGCCUGAGGAAAGUGCAGACCUUCCCCAGGCUCCCGCCUGAGAGCCCCGAGACCAGAGCGCUCUGCCUCACGCUGGCCAGCACGAAAAGCCAGCAGCCUGCACCCAAACCCACCCCUCCAGACCCCAGGAAGGAACUUCCGGAGGGGACAGAUGGCCUCUGCAGCUUCAAGGCACAGCCCAAGGCCGGACCGCGGCUGGAGCUGCAGCCUAAGCCUCAGCAGGCCAGGGCCAGAGGCGCGAGCCACAGCGAGGACCGGGGAGCGGGGGCGUCGGGCCAGAGCCCCACCAAGGAAAGCCCCCCGCUCCCUUCUGAAGCCCCUCAAGACGCAGACCCCAGGACCCCCAGGGCUGACAAGGGAAUCCCAGAGGGAGCCAGGGAACUGGAGAACGCAGCCACAGAGCAGGGCAUCUCCCUGCAGGACCUCCUGUCCAAGCUGGGCCGGCCCUUCAAGGAGUACGAGCUGUGGGCUCUGUCCCAUGCCUGCCUCAGCAAUCUGCACAAGCACAGCCAGCACCCAGCCUACCUGUGUCUGGACUCGGUGCUGGUGGCCGAGGACGGGGCUGUGAUCUUCGGGCCGCCCCCAGCCAAUGGCGCUUGCAACUCCUUCUUCCUGGCUCCCGAGGCAGCAGAGCAAAGGCUGGUCACUGAAAAGGCCUCCGUGUACUGUGUGGCUGCAGUCCUGUGGAUGGCAGCCAAGUUCACCGUCCCCCGAGGCCGCAAACUGGUCCUGCCUCGCAGGCUCAAAGCCCUCCUGCUGGACAUGGCGAGAUGCAGUGCCCAGGAGCGGCCGUCUGCAGCUGAGGUCAUCAAGAUAUGCAGCACUUACCUCCUCCAGCGAGGCAUGGACAGCAGAGAGAUUCUAGCUCACCUGAGGUCAUCCACCUGCAAGAUUCUCCAGGAGGAGGAGACUGUCCAUCUGCAAAGUGCUUUCUCUGCGGACCUGAGCCCCAGCAUGGCACCCGAUAGCUGGCCUGGCACAGGCAUUGUGCAGGUCAGCAACACCAGGCUCCUCGCCCUCCGGGGACCCACCUCCUGCCACAAUGGGGCCGCGCUGCUGCCUGCAGCACUCGCCUCCCAGGCCUCACACUUUAAGCCCACCAUCCUCAUGCCAGAUGCAGGUGUCCCCAGGGACAUGCUGGCCCUAUCCUCAGGUCUCCAGGAGAGGAGAGGCCAGCUGCUCGGGGAGGGCAGCAGGAAGCAGCCCCCUGAGGCCCACGGAGGGGCCAGCAGCCUGAGGACACCUGAGCAGUUGGCACCCAGCCCAGAACCCUUCAGAGAGUCAGGGCCCAGAGACUCAGUCCAGGGGCGCCCCUCCCCGCCACCCCUUGCCCCAGCCAGCCCUCCAGAGGUGCCAGCCCCGGAGCAAGCCUCAGACCCACUGGUCGCGCCUGGAGGCUCUGCAGGAGGCCCCGGAACCCACCCUCCAGGGCCCGGCGCAGCCCACCACGGCCUGAGUCGCCCAGCCGAGCCACCCAGGAGCACAGCCCCCGAGGGCCAGGGCCAAGAGCCUGAGGGCGCCCUGUCAGCCCCUCGAGGGUCCUCCCUGGCCUCUGCUGGUCCAGACAGCCCCAGGGAUGCCCCUGUCCAGGGGCAGGAUGACCGGGCCCCCGACAGUCACCCUGAGCAGCCCCAGCCAGUGGAUGGCAAGCUCUGCCCCUCCAGUGCGGACGCCUUGCCCCCGUCGACAAGGUCGGCCUGCCCAUCGCUGCAGGAGGCCACACGGCUCAUCCAGGAGGAGUUUGCCUUCGAUGGUUACCUGGACAAUGGGCUGGAGGCUCUGAUCAUGGGGGAAUAUAUUUAUGCCUUGCGAGAUCUAACCUAUGCCACCUUCUGUGGGGCCAUAUCAGAGAAGUUCUGUGACCUCUACUGGGGGGAGAAGCUGCUGCAGAAUCUUUUCCAAGUGGUGAACGGCAAGGUGUCACCCUCUGAGAGCAGAGCUCUGGAGGAGGCCGGGCCGCAACCCAUGGGCCAAAAGACCUGUGCUCCGAGUGACCGCUCACCGGGAGGCAGAAGGCCCUCGCUGCGCGGAGCAGGGAAGGAGAAGCCGGCCGCAACCCGCACCAGCCGAGGUCCCUGCCCGACCCCAUCACUGCCCCAGGUGGACGCAGACGAGCUCUCACGGGGUAACUUCGAGGUGGGAUUUCGGCCUCAGAAGUCGGUAAGAGCAGAGAGGGGGCAGCAGCCCGAGUCAGGACAGGCCCUGCAACAGGGUGGGGGCCCGGAGCCAGUCGGUGGGGCCUCAGACUCGGGGGCAGGGGCCCAGCUGGCCAGGCCUGAGGGAGGCGGCCCGGCCAUGAGCCCGAGCCCGGCUGAGUUCCAGAGCUGCAGGCCCGGCUGGCCCAGCGCCUUCUACGAGGCCGACUGCUUCAGCACUGACGUCCACAGCUACGUGGAGGAGCUGGCCCGGCAGAAAGCCAGCGGGGCCCCCGAUGCCAAUGCCCGCAGCCUGGCGUCCCUCCUGGAACCAGAGUGCCGGCAGGAGCUGGAGCAGCAGCUCAUGAUGGAGCAGAGAAACUACCGGAAGACUGUGAAGUUCCACCAGAAGCUCCUACAGAAGGAGAAACGGAAUAAAGGCUCCGAGGUGAAGACCAUACUGUCCAAGCUGAAAGGGCAGCUGGACGAGAUGAAAUCCAGGGUCCAGUUCCUCAGCCUGGUCAAGAAGUACCUGCAGGUCACGUAUGCUGAGCGGUGGGGCCUGGAGCCUUGCACCCUGCCCGUGAUUGUGAACCUCUCGGCAGCGCCCUGCGACACGCUGGACUUCAGCCCCCUGGACGAGUCCUCGUCCCUCAUUUUCUACAAUGUCAGCAAACACCCUCGCGGCGGCCGGCAGAGGAAGGCCCGCGUCCUGCAGGCAGGCACGCCCCUGGGGCUCAUGGCAUACCUCUACUCCAGCGAUGCCUUCCUGGAGGGCUAUGUGCAGCAGUUCCUGUACACCUUCCGAUACUUCUGCACACCCCAUGACUUCCUGCGGUUCCUCCUGGACCGCGUCGACGGCACCCUGUCCAGGGCUCACCAGGACCCCACCUCUACCUUCACCAAGAUCUACAGGAGGAGCCUCUGCCUCCUGCAGGCCUGGGUGGAGGACUGCUAUGCUGUGGACUUCACACUGGAUGCUGGGCUCCUGGGGAGGCUGCAGGACUUCAUCUCCUCCAAGAUCCUGCCCCUGGACGGCUCCGCUGAGCACCUUCUGGGCCUCCUGGAGGUAGGCACCGACUGCAGGUUUGAGGGUGCCCCACGCAGCUCAGACCCGGACAACCCCAAGGAGGCCGAGGAGGACACCAGGCCCCUCAAUGCCCUCUGUAAGAGGCUCUCAGAAGACAGCAUCUCCCGGAAGGGCUUCCCCUGGCGACUGUCCCGCGGCAGCGGGCCGGCCCUGCCCCACAAGGGGCACCAAUACACCAUCGCAUCAGCCCUGCCCAAGCCCUGCCUCUUCGAGGACUUCUACGGCCCCUAUGCCAGGGCCAGCGAGAAGGGGCCCUACUUCCUGACCGAGUACAGCACCCACCAGCUCUUCAGUCAGCUGACGCUCCUGCAGCAGGAAUUGUUUCAAAAGUGCCAUCCCGUCCACUUCCUAAAUUCACGGGCCCUGGGCGUCGUGGACAAGAGCGUGGCCGUCCCCAGAGCCAGCAGCUCCGAGCCUCUGUCAGCCAAAACCUGCAGCUUAUUUCCACCCAGCUGCAUGCAGGACAAGUACCUGUUACAGCUUUUGAGGAGUGCGGAUGACGUCAGCACCUGGGUGGCUGCCGAGAUCGUGACCAGCCACACCCCCAAGCUGCAGGUGGACCUGCUGUCCAAGUUUUUGCUGAUAGCGAAAUCUUGCUAUGAGCAGAGGAACUUUGCCACGGCCAUGCAGAUCCUGGGGGCCCUGGAGCACCUCGCCGUGAGGCAGGCCCCUGCCUGGAGGAUUUUACCCGCAAAGACAGCUGAGGUCAUGGAGGAGCUGAAGGCCGUGGAGGUCUUCCUCAAGAGCGACAGCCUGUGCCUGAUGGAAGGGCGGCGCUUCCGGGCCCAGCCCACUCUGCCCUCAGCCCGCCUCCUGGCCAUGCACGUCCAGCAGCUGGAGACGGGGGGCUUCACCAUGACCAAUGGGGCCCACAGGUGGAGCAAGCUCAGAAACAUCGCCAAGGUGGUGAGCCAGGUCCAUGCCUUCCAAGAGAACCCCUACACACUCGCCCCCGACCCCAAGCUUCAAUCCUACCUCAAGGAAAGGAUCGCGCGUUUCAGCGGAGUGGACAUUUCCAUUCUAGCAGCAGACAACAGGGCCACCUCCCACCAGAUCGCCAGCGACAAGCAUUCGAGGAAGAUUCAGGACAAGUUGCGGAGGAUGAAGGCCACGUUCCAGUAGCACAGGACAGCGGGUCUGGGCGUGGGAUUCCAAGCAGGGCAGGCCUGGGGUAGGAAGGGACCUGCUCCCGGCCCAGAGCCCCAGGACACUGCCACUUGGUGGGGACCCACAGCCCCCGGGGGAGCCGAGGCUCAGCCUGGCAGUGGGCACAUGCCAGCAGGGCACCAGAGACAGGCUCAGAGCAGCUCACCGAGGGGAAACACAGAUAGAGGGGAGGCUGGGGAUUCCUGCACCGUUGUGGCUUAAAUCUAAAAGCAGAAACAGAACUGAAGUGAGCCCCAGGGGCCUCACACCUCCCUACACCUCUCAGACCUCCCCGUGACCCAGCCCACCCCGGCCACAUGCCCAGCCGCCCUGACUCACUGUGUGUGAACUCACCCACUGAGCAGGGUUUUCACAAGGCUGGCCUAGGUCUGUCCAGCAACCAGGACCUAGACUGACCUCUGACCCCAAUACCAACCACAGGUUCCCGGGGUUUCCAGAACCUUCCACUGAAGCCUGAGGCUUCCCAUUGGUCAAGCCCCAACUUGGGGUCACACUCCUACUUCCAUUCCUACCUGCAACCCCAACUUCCCCUGACCACCUGGGGAAGCGGUUUCCAGAAAACCGCACCUGUGCCCCAGGCCAACACCUUCCUUGGCCAGGCCCCUGCCGUCCAGCUCGGCUCACGUCCUUCCCCCAGCAGGCCUGGUGUUGCCUCCGCCCACAGCCAGCAUCCUGCCGCUGGUAAACGCCUUGCAGCUCCUAACUGGCACCUCUGCAAGCCCCAGGGCCUCAGCGUGCCCAGUGUCCCGCCUCUGAUAGCAGCUCCUGGUGAGGCAGGCGUGCCUGGGCCCAGGCUCUGUUUCCCGGGAGGGCACGCAGGACACCACAGCAGCCCUGAAACAGGGGUUCCCUCCACCCCGUCUGGGGGCUGCAGCCUCUCCGCUUCAACAGCUGCAUGCGAUGCACGCGCCACACCAGGCUCCCGAACCUGCCCUCACUGGCACUUUGCCAGAACUAAGGGAAAACAAAGUUUGCUCCUUUCCAGGGUUCUGCUUCCAAACAGUGAGUGCUGAGCAUUUGCUCAGCAGGUGGCAGAUGCCCUCAGCCAGGGGCAUGGGGCCAGGACAGUGAGGUCACAUCCCACAACAGGGAGGACGUGCUUGCACUGCUAAUCCCUGCAAAACCCAAGAUUAUUCUCUAGAGUUUGGGAAUUAUGAUUCUUUAGAGCAACCAGCUAGUGGUACUUCUAGGAAAACUGUUAGUUGUGAUAAAAACACUGAAUUUUUAAUGUCAAGACAUGCUUUCCCACAUAAAUUCAUUUGAGACACACUGGUUCUGCUUAAAUGAAUAAAAGGGGACUUGGCCCCCUUGGCCACGCAAA